UAAUUAUUAUUUCUAUUUUCCAUUAUUAUUUUCAUAAUAAUACAACUAUUUUCUUACACAAUUGUUUUUUUUUUAACUGGGAUUUCCAUUUCCUUCAUCAUCUCCUCCUCUUCUUCUGUUGUUUCUUUCGCCGCCGGCCGCAAUUUUAUCAUUUUAUCUUUCUUUUUUUUUUUUGUAAAAAAUAUAUUAAUUUUCAACCCUCAUAAAAUUGUAAAUUAAUUUAUUUUUUUUUUCUCCGUUUUACUUCCACCGUCGUUUCUUCCUUGUUUAGCCGUUGAUCUGGUGGUCUACAUUUUCUCUCUCCUCCCCUUCCUUUAUCUCUCUAUCGCUGAUAUUCAAAAUUUGGGAUUUUUUUUCGUAAUCGGUUCACAUUUUAUUCCAAUUUCUUCCAGUAUUAAAAUUAGGGUUUUUUUUAACUUGAUCUUUUGGAAUUGAUGGAUGAAGAAAUUGUUGUUUUUAUUUUAGGUAUUGGCAUGGGUCGAUUAUUCUUUAAUUUCAUUAACGCAUACGUAUAAGAUUAGGACAUUGUAUUAGGUUUUAGUUAGAAAGUUUUGAGAUUUAGGAUUUGUUGUACUGUAAUUUGGAAGUUUAGGUUUAAUUUUGGCAAUGUUUGGAUCGAAUCCGGAUUCUGGAACUCAUACUAACUCUGGGCUUCCCGGAAAUAUACUAUUUCCUACUCGUUUUGUUUGGCCUUAUGGAGGAAGAAGAGUUUUUUUGAGCGGUUCAUUUACUGAGUGGACUGAGCAUAUACUUAUGUCUCCUAUGGAGGGAAUUCCUACUGCAUUUCAAGUUAUUUGUAACUUAACGUCUGGAUAUCAUCAGUACAAGUUUAAUGUUGAUGGAGAAUGGCGUUAUGAUGAACAUCAACCUUUUGUGAACGGAGCUUAUGGUGUUGUCAACAAUGUACGUAUACCAAGAGAGUCUGACAUGGGUCCUGUAAUGUUUAGUUCUGAUGCUCCUGGUAGAUCUAACAUGGAGGUGGAUGAGAACACGUUUGUGCGUCCAACAUUGGCUGAUGGAAUGUCGCGGGUGCAAAUUUCAGAGGGUGAUGUACAGAUAUCUCGUCAUCGUAUAUCUUUGUUUUUGUCACAACAUCUAGCAUAUGAGUUGCUGCCUGAAUCGGGCAAGGUUGUGGCAUUAGAUGUUACCUUACCAGUUAAACAAGCUUUCCAUAUCCUCUAUGAACAGGGAGUUCCUGUUGCUCCUUUAUGGGAUUUUGGCAAGGGUCAUUUUGUUGGAGUUCUUAGUGCAAUUGACUUCAUCCUAAUUUUGAGAGAGCUUGGGAAUCAUGGCUCAAAUUUGACAGAAGAAGAGCUGGAGACUCAUACGAUUUUGGCAUGGAAAGAUGGAAAAAUUCGUAAUAAUAGACAAACUGAGGGUAGUGGGAGGCCAUAUGCCCGACAUCUUGUAAAUGCUGGCCCUUAUGAUUCUUUGAAAGAUGUGGCUGUGAAGAUUUUGCAAAACAAAAUUUCCACCGUUCCAAUUAUACAUUCCUCAUCACCAGAUGGUUCUUUCCCUCAGCUGCUACAUCUUGCUUCCUUGUCUGGCAUUCUGAAGUGUAUUUGCAGACAUUUUAAACACUCUAGUAGCUCUUUGCCUAUUCUCCAGCAAUCUAUCUGUUCAAUUCCUUUGGGUACUUGGGUUCCCAAGAUUGGGGAAUCAAGUCCACCACCAUUUGCUAUGUUGAGACAAAAUGCUACUCUUGGAGCUGCCUUGUCUUUGCUUGUGCAAGCGGAUGUUAGUUCAGUGCCUAUAGUUGAUGACAAUGACUCAUUGCUGGAUUUAUAUUCUCGGAGUGAUAUUACUUCUUUAGCAAAAGACAGAGCAUACGCACAAAUUCGUCUUGAUGAAAUGAAUAUUCAUCAGGCACUUCAAUUAGGACAAGAUGCUAGCUCGCCAUGUGGAGUAUUCAAUGGUCAAAGAUGUCAGAUGUGCUUGUCUUCAGAUCCCUUACAGAAGAUCAUGGAGCGGCUUGCAAAUCCAGGCAUCAGGAGGCUUGUAAUCGUUGAAGCCGGAAGCAAGCGUGUUGAAGGCAUUAUUACCCUGAGCGAUGUAUUCAGAUUUUUGCUUGGCUAGUACUCAAAAUGUUCUUUGCAUAUACAAGUUUGAAGCAAUUCAUCCAUAAUGUAAACCCCCCUAUGACUCCGCCAUGCUUUCAGAUUUGAUAGAUGGCUUCAUUAGUUGCAUUAGUUGAUUGUUCUUGUGGGCUUCACCUUUCGAGCCCCAUUGAUUUUAGGACACAGGGCAAGGAAAAAAAAACAAACAAAAAAAGAAUUUGUAAAUUUAAGAAAUUGGAAAAUUUCCCCUUUCAUCCUUUUUUAACCAGAAUUCAUGUCCGAAUUCGACAUGGUGCUGCA